AAUCGUAGUUGUAAUUGGAAUAAGAAAAUUGUAACCGGUAUUGAUUUGUUUUAAUAUUAUCUUUUACGCCAAAAACCAAAGAACCCAGAUUUAAAUAGGUAAUCAUAUCAAAAGUUUGAAUUGAAAUGAAAAAGUUAGUUAUUUCCGCUCGUCCGUCGAUGCAAUUUUCUCCCUUUUCACCAGGAGGACCAUAGCCGAGAAAGAACUGCUGAAAACAUGAAAAAGUCCCCAAUCCAACCGAUUUUCGGUACGGAACAGAUCUCUUCUUCUCAUUGCUCAUCUCUGUUCCUUCAAAGAACUUUUUCAAAGAAUCUUUCCGCCCUUCUCCAUCCAAAAGUCUUUGAUCUUUACAUAUCGGUAGUGACUAGCUAUGCAUGCGGAAACAGUACCAGUCUCUGGGCUGGAAAUAAACAUAAGUUUUGGCUAUAGACGUGAUUCUCUUGAUGAGAUUGAAAAUACUGAAAUCCCCCGCGGGAUCAAGCUUCGAAGAGCCGGUGAUUCCUUUUCCUGUCUUUCUGGAGCCGCUUUGAGUGCUAAUUCCACUUUGGUUAACACAAACAUCUGCAAUGGAUUGAUGGGGACAGAGAUCCUGCCGGCAUUGGAUUCCACCAAAUCCUUCAGACGAAUACCUUCUUCAAGAUCUUUCUCCGGUUUGUUGUCGUCGUCCUUGCCGAGCAGCUUUUCAAGCCUCAGCCUUAAUUCAUCAUCACCUGACUCCAAUAAUGACAGCUUCUUGAGUUCAGCAGAAGUGCAAGUUGCAGGCGGUGCUGCUGGGGAAGACAGAGUCCAGGCCGUUCUUUCGGAAGAGAAUGGUUGGCUUUUCUGUGGCAUUUAUGACGGGUUUAAUGGAAGAGACGCUGCCGAUUUUCUAGCUGGAACAUUGUAUGAAAAAGUGAGGGAUUACUUGAACGUAUUGGAUUUUGAACUUGAGGAGUCUGUGGAUGAAACCCUAGAUAAACAAUCAAUUGGACAUUCCUCCGUGGAAUUGGAUGAACCAGGUGACUUAUUUAAGAAGAUGGUUUUAAAUAGCCUUCAGAAAG